AUGACGGUGAGCGGUUCAUCGGGGCGGGCGAAGCGAUCGACGACGCAGGCAAAGGCGGCGGAACAGAUGGCGACGAAGCCGCAAGCGAGGCGAGCGAGCGAGGCGGGCACGAGCGCGGUGGUGAAGGGGUUUUCGCACAUCCCGCACGGGAAUACGGCGCUGAGCGUGAAGGCGGAUGAAGCGAGAUUAGCGUCCAUCACGGACGAGAAGGAGCGCAAGCGAUUGAAGAGAUUGUUGCGAAACCGAGUCUCGGCGCAGCAGGCUCGUGAGAGGAAGAAGGCCUACUUAUCGUCCUUGGAGCAACAAGAGGACGAGAAGGAGCACCGAAUGAACGAGCUGGAGAACCGAGUGCGCAUUCUCGAGAGGGAAAACCAAAUGUUACGGCAGGUGAUUCAGACCGUGACUCGCAAGUCGGUUCCGGCUAACCCACAACCGGGCGACUUCGCGGUGUGA